UGGAAAUCUACAGUUUUUGGAGUGAAAAAGACCUCUAUCCAUGGCCAGUAUUAAGGUAUUGGUUUGCUUUGAAAUAUGGCUGUCAAGCUGCAUUUAAACAAACAAGUAGCAGAGGUGCAUCAGAAGCAGAUCCUUCCAACUUCAUUGAAAAACAAGCUAUUGAUGCAGUGACUGAUAUUAACAUGCUCAGGGUGUUCAAGACUUUUCUUGAGACCACACCACAACUUUUUCUUCAGAUUUACAUCCUCAUGGAAAAUGGCAAAACUCAUUUCUAUCAAUAUGCUGCCAUUAUGAUGUCUUUUUGUGGUAUCUCCUUAACAAUGGUUGAUUAUCAGAUAUCACUACGAAAAUCUCUGCCUGACAAAGAUGAAUUUCGUGUGCUUUCCAAGUUCACAUACCUCUUCUAUAAAUUGCUUACCAUCACUUCAUGGAUACUCAGUAUUUCAUUGAUCACUCUACUCAGUGUCAGAAUUUCUGUAAUUCUGAUGAUAUUUCUUUGGAUCGGUGGCUUCGCUUGGACUUUGAAACAGCAUACAACAUUUUGCAAGUCUAAGAAGAUGGAAUAUCUGUACAGGACUGUAGUUGGAAUCAUUCUAAUUUUUUCAUUUUUUAACAUAAAGGGGAGAAGAACAAAAGUCUGCAUUUCUAUUUAUUAUGCUACUCACACUGUAGUGACUCUAGGUAUUUUGUUUGUAUAUAUGUUCUGGAAACCUUCCAUUAUCAAAGAAAUAUGUUUUCUUACAAUUGUAAGCAUCUUAACUGUUUUGAGCCUGGUGUUAGGUAUUAUUUUUCUUGUUGUUUAUUACAGUCAUUUUCAUCCCAGUACUUACUGCACACCUCAGGCAUAUUCAGAUGAAGUUGAUGGAGUAGCAGGGCAAAAAGUUAGAGUGAAAACUGGUAGAUUUCAGAAUUUCUUAAUGCAAUGAACAUUACAGGUUUUUUUUUGGUUUUUUUUUUUUUGGUUUCUUUUGGUUUGUUUGUUUUGAGGUUUUUUUUUGUUUUUGUUUUGGUUUUGGUUUGAUUAUUUUUGUGGCCUUAAAAGCAAAUUCUUGCUGGACAGUGUGUUUCUCCGUUAUUGUUACUUGUGUAUCAUCACUGAGGAGUACAUAGUGGACCAGAGUUGUUGGCUUUGAAUAGCUAUUUGUUUUCCACUAUACAAAGACUCUGUAACAUGAACAUUUAUGUGCUGGUGAAAGUUAGUUUGUCAAAGAAACAAUUUAAUCUAUUCAUCCAACACAAUUCACAGUUUUAGUUUUUUAGCAAUGCAAAUGUAACAUAGAAAAAACUAAGAAUUAAAUGAAAUAUAGCAUU